UCAAGCUCCAUGGAGGUAGAGAUAGCUCAGGAGAUACGGCCGGAGGCCUCGGUCGAACAAGCGAACCAAUCGCCUAGUCAUAUAAUUCCAGUACUCGAGUCGAACCGGAGCGGGAUCUUUUUAACAUGGGAGGAUUUAUGGGUGACGGCAUCCACCAAGGCGGGCGCAAUGCGAGCGAUAUUGUCCGGCCUGACUGGGUUCGUGCAACCCGGCGAGGUGUUGGCGAUCAUGGGCCCAUCAGGGUGUGGCAAAUCGACCCUUCUCGAUACGUUAGCAGGGAGACUUGGAUCAAGUGUGAGACAAUCAGGGCGCAUCUUGGUAAACGGAAGGAAGCAACGGUUGUCGUUCGGGACUUCUGCCUACGUGACCCAAGACGAUAUCCUGAUGACGACGCUGACGGUCCGUGAGGCGGUUUAUUAUUCGGCCCAAUUGCAGCUGCCUAAAUCGAUGAGCCUGGCCCAGAAGCGGGCUCGGGCCGAGGACACGAUCCGCGACAUGGGGCUCCAGGACGCCGUCGACACCCGCAUCGGCGGCUACGCCUCAAAGGGCAUCAGCGGCGGCCAGCGGCGGCGGGUCAGCAUCUGCAUCGAAAUACUCACCCGCCCUAAGCUACUCUUCCUCGACGAGCCCACCAGCGGCCUCGACAGCGCCGCCUCAUUCCACGUCAUGGACCGGAUCGUCAAGCUCGCCCGCCAGGACGGCCGCACCAUCCUCGCCUCCAUCCACCAGCCCAGCAGCGAGGUUUUCGAGCUCUUCGAUCAGCUGUGUCUCCUCUCCGCCGGGAAGACUGUCUACUUCGGUCCUACUGCCAGGACCAAUGAGUUCUUUGCUCUCCAUGGCUUUCCAUGCCCAACCUUCAGAAAUCCAUCUGACCACUACCUAAGAACAAUAAACAAGGACUUUGACAUGGUGUCUGAAGGUACCAGUAUGGAGGACACCCAAGCAAGUGCAGCCAUUGAUAUACUAACAAAUUCUUACAAACAGUCCCAAGAAUGUCAAGAUACAGUAAGAAGAGUAGCCGAGAUAUGUGCAAUGGAUGGGGCUCUGGUGAAGAACAAGAGACAGGCAAGUUUUGUUGACCAGUGCAUUGUUCUCACAAAGAGAUCCUUUGUUAACAUGUUCAGGGAUCUGGGUUAUUACUGGUUGAGACUUGCAAUUUAUAUUUUGCUUGGUCUCUGCAUUGGCACUAUCUUCUAUGAUGUUGGACACAGUUAUGGAUCAAUUCAGGCCAGGGGUUCAAUGCUAAUGUUUAUAGCUGGAUUUCUCACCUUCAUGGCAAUUGGAGGAUUCCCGUCAUUUGUUGAAGAUAUGAAGAUUUUUAGGCGGGAGCGACUAAACGGGCAUUAUGGUGUUGCUGCUUUCGCAAUCAGCAACACUCUUUCUUCAGCUCCCUUCCUGGCUCUUAUCUCCUUUAUUCCGGGGGCCAUCGCCUACUACCUCACUGGCCUCCAAAAAGGCUUCAUCCACUUCAUCUUCUUCUGCUUGGUUCUUUACAUGUGCAUGCUUCUCGUGGAGGGUCUUAUGAUGAUUGUCGCCAGCCUAGUCCCCAACUUCCUGAUGGGCAUCAUCACCGGCGCCGGAAUCCAGGCCAUCAUGAUCAUCUCCAGUGGCUUUUUUAGGUUGCCUGAUGACUUACCAAAGCCAUUGUGGAAGUAUCCAAUGUAUCACAUUGCCUUCCACAAGUAUGCUAACCAGGGAUAUUACAAGAAUGAGUUCUUAGGGUUGGUGUUUCCGAAUAGCACCGGUGACGGGACGCUAACUGGGGACUGGGUGGUGAGGAGUUAUUGGCAGAUGGAGGCAGGGUACUCCAAGUGGGUGGAUCUCACCAUUUUAUUAGCUAUGAUGAUCUCGUACAGAGUCUUGUUUUUUCUCAGUGUAAAGACCGGCGAGAGGCUGAAGCCAAUGCUGGCAGAGUUCAAGAACACACGACGCAAGAAUAUCAUCCAGAUCGUAGAGCAGCCCCUAGAAGAGGAAGAAGAGGAGGAUAUCGAACCUACUCCUUGAAAUACAUUUAUUUGUUUUAUCAUGUUAGUGGAAUACAAAUUAUCAAAUGACAAUAUGAGCUGCCAUAAGCAGCACUUAGUCUGAUAUAAUAGUGUAGUAACUUCUUACAAAUAGGUUAGAGAUGGAAAAAAAGUCACUCCUAUUAUGCGUU